AGUUGACGAGCUCAGGAGAGCUUGGAGAGGAAGGUUCAUCUUUGAUUUGAAGAGUCGUCGGAGCCGUUCUUGGGUAUAUACAACUUCAGGCGGGUUGACUGGUCGUAGUUCUUCGGGAAGUUAUAGACCGAGGAUGUGCGAAUGUAAGAGUAAGGUUCUGGAUAUAUCCUCACCUUUUGCCGAAAAUGAGAAAAGCCAUGUGCUGAAACCUAAAGGAGUAACAGGUCCCAAGUACAUGCAAAAACAUUAUUCGGCAGUUUUCACCCAAGCGCUGAUUUAUUUCUUGUCCUUCCCGUUUACUAUUUUGCUUUCUAUGUGGUCUAUCCUUGUGUGUUUAUGGAUGUUUGCAGAGCUCCGAACGAAACAUAAAUUUUCGGCCCCUAUACUUCAAGCAGGUGAAACAAAGCUUGAGAGAUCUCUUUCAAAUUCUUUGAAUGUGCAAUAAAUCAACCCUAUAGUCUGCCACUGACGUUUUACACAUGGACUCAGGUGGGAAGUCAUGCUUUGGGGCCACUGUGCUUGAAAAUC